AUGGCUUCCAUUCGCGUGCUGUCGUUCGAUGCUGAGGGCCGCCCUGUGCGUUUCACCGCUUGGCUAGAUGACCUGCAGCUGUUCCUCCUGAGCGAUAGCAAGGAGCAUGUGUCGCUCUAUGACUACGCGUCUGGUGCUGCGCCUGCCCCUCCUGCCACAGCUGAGCUUAGUGUUCGUUCCCACUGGCAGACUCGUGACGCAGCUGCUCGCCUAGCCAUUCGCAGUCACCUGCCGUUAGCUGAGCUAGAGCAUUUUGGCGACUGCAAAUCAGCUAAGGCCCUGUACGACGCUGUCGUCGCUCGCUACUCCUCGCCUGCCACAGCCGAGCUUAGCCGCCUCAUGCUGCCGUACCUGUUCCCCGAUCUGUCCACCUUUACUACAGUCGCCGAUCUUAUCACCCACCUGCGCACUAGUGAUGCUCGCCUGCGUGCCGCCCUUCCCACCGAGUUCUGCGCUAAGAACCCCCCUCCACUGUACUGGACACUCCACUUUAUAGUCACUCGUCUCCCUGACACCCUCCGCUCAGUUCGAGACCACUUCCUUGCUCGCUGUCCCACUGAGCUCACAGUCGCCCUCCUAGAGGAGCACCUGCUCGCGGCCGAAAAGAGCAUUGUAGCUGUCGGUGCUGCUCGUGGCGCUCCUCGCACCCCCAUCUUUGAGGGGUGUUCUCCCUCUCCCCUCGCUCCCUCCUACGCUGCUGCUGCUGCUGUUGACUUCCUUGGUGCUGAGUCUGUUGGCGCUGCUUCUGCUCCUGGUGGGAGGCGCCGCACCGGCAAGGGCAAGGGGGGCAAGGGUGGUGGUGGUGGCGCUGGGGGAGGAGGUGGGGGAGGUGGGGGGGGAGGCGGUGCUGGAGGGAGCGGUGGCGGGAGCGCUGGUGGGAGUGGGGUCGGGGGUGGAGACGGGGGCGGCGGAGGAAGCAGUGGCAGUAGUGGCGGCGGCGGCAGUGGCGGCGGUGGCGGUGGUGGCGGUGGUGGCGGUACCGGUCGGAGCGGUGGUAGUGGUGGCGGCGGAGGUCGGAGUGGAGGCACUGGCUCGGGCCAGAGCUCCCAGCAGCAGCAGCGUCCCCAGACGACCCAGCAGCUUCGUGAGUGGCUUGCUCAGCGUGGGACGUCGGGGGCCAGUGCCCGCUGUUCUUAUGUCAUUCGCACAGGUGACCGCAAGGGACAGACGUGUGGGAGGUUCCACACCCCGUACCGCUGCUUCUCCCGCCUUGACGACGCUUGGCGUGAGGAGAUGGGUGCGGAUGUUGAGCGCCCCCGCUGGGCUGAGCUCAUGAGGGCUGGUGUUGAUGUCUUUGCUCUUGACUAUGAUGCUAUUAUUGCUGCCAUGUAUGCAUUGACUGUUAGUGCCGAGGGAGACUGUUACUUGUGUGUGCCGCCUGACCCAGGUAUAGAGCCCGCUGCCCUGGGUACUAGUGAGUCUGCUCUCUCUGGUAUGGUGCCCCCUGUACUUGCCCCCCCCAGUGCUGUCCCGGCUGGUUUCGAGUCUGCUCUCUCAGGUACAGCACCCACACAGACUGCUCCCUCAGGUACCGCACCGGCUGAGGCCUGUCACACCUUCACCCUUGACUCAGGUGCUUCCCGUUGCUUCUUUCGUGACAGUACUGAGCUCACACCGCUUCCUGCACCGGUCCCAGUCUCCUUGGCUGACCCCUCUGGGGGCCCAGUCCUUGCCCAGUCCACUACUGUCCUCCCUUGUCCGGCGGUUCCGUCUGGCUCGUUGUCGGGUUUCCACCUCCCCUCGUUCUCGACGAACCUGGUGAGCAACGCUGUCCUCCAGGAUCAGUGGGUUGACACCUUUACCCCUGGCGGACAGCGUGUGGCGAUCUGCACGUGCUCCAGGACUGGCCGUCACCUGGCUACGUUCACCCGUCGGCCGGGGUCGAGUCUCUACACACUGACCACUGCGUCUCCCCAGGUAGCUGCUGUCGGUCAGGUGUCUGCGUCAGGUCUGGUGGCCCACGCCUGUGAGUGUCGUUCCCUGUCGCACCAGACUCUUCUCUGGCACCACCGCCUGGGUCACCCCUCCUUGCCACGCCUUCGUGGCAUGCACCGUCGCCUCCUUGUGUCUGGUCUUCCCAGGUCCCUCCCUCCCCUCCCUGCCUCGCCUGCGCCGCCUUGCCUUCCUUGCGUCGAGGGGCGGCAGCGCGCCGCUCCUCACUCCUCCUCGUUCCCCCCGACAGAGGCUCCUCUGGAGACCCUCCACCUGGACGUGUGGGGCCCAGCCCGCGUUCGUGGUCAGGGCGGUGAGCGGUACUUUCUGCUGGUUGUCGACGACUACUCGCGUUACACCACGGUCUUCCCCUUGCGCACCAAGGGUGAGGUCCCUGCUGUUCUGAUCCCUUGGAUCCGCACGGUUCGUCUCCAGCUCCGCCGUCGUUUCUGGACGGAUCUUCCUGUCCUGCGUCUGCACUCUGACAGAGGUGGUGAGUUUUCCUCCGAUCUCCUGAGGACCUUCUGUCAGGCAGAGGGCAUCGAGCAGACCUUCACGCUUCCGGACUCCCCACAGCAGAAUGGGGUUGCUGAGCGCCGCAUUGGCCUGGUCAUGGAGAUCGCUCGUACCUCCUUGGUCCACGCGGCAGCUCCCCAUUUUCUGUGGCCGUUUGCUGUCCGGUACGCCGCGCAUCAGCUCAACCUCUGGCCCCGUGUCUCCUUGCCGGAGACCUCGCCCACACUGCGUUGGACGGGGGAGGUUGGCGAUGCGUCGCGCUUCCGGGUGUGGGGUGCUCGUGCCCUUGUCCGCGAUACGUCCGCGGACAAGCUCUCCUCCCGCACGCUUCCCUGUGUCUUCCUUGGCUUUGUCCCUGACGCGCCUGGCUGGCAGUUUUACCACCCCACCUCGCGCCGGGUCUUCGCCUCUCAGGAUGUCACCUUUGACGAGUCGGUCCCUUUUUACCGUCUCUUCCCCUACCGCACUGCCCCCCUCCCUCCCCCGCCGCUUUUCCUUGCUCCUGGUCCCCCUCCGGUAGACCCCCUUCCCCCUCAGGGUCCUGCUCCUUCAGGUGUCUCUCAGGUAGACCCUCCUCCCGUCGCUGAGCCUGUCGAGGUCACAGGUGACUCAGGUGCUGCUGCGGGUGGUGCUGCUGGGAGUGCUGAGCCUGGGGGUACUGAGCCUGGGGGUGCUGGGCCUGGGGGUGCUGGGGCUGCAGGUGCUGGGACUACGGGUGCUGGAGCUGAGGGUACUGUGCCUGAGAGUUUGCCGCCUGGGGGUGCUGAGCCUGGGGGUGCUGCGACUGGGGGUGCUGAGCCUGCGGGUACUGAGCCUGCGGGUACUGAGCCUGGGGGUGCUGCUACUGAGCCUACGGAGCCUCGGGUUACUGCGUCUGGGGGUGCUCCGGUUCGGGGUGCUGAGCAGUCUCUCACACCGCAGCAGCUUCGCGACUGGUACGUCCGACGCUUUCGCCGUCCUAGUGGCUCGACUGGAGUUUGGGGUGCUGGAGCUGCUCGUCCUGGGGGUGCUCGUACUGGGGGUACUGGAGCUGCUGGAGCUGGGGACUCUGGCGCUGGCGGUGCUAGCGGAGUUGGAGCUGCCGACUCUGGGGGUGGCGCUGCUGCUGGUGCUGCGGACCCACCUGGUGGAGCUGCUGCUGGUGCUGAGGAGUCGGACGGUGGAGCUGCUGCUGGAGCUGGGGACCCGGCCGGUGGAGCUGCUGCUGGUGCUGUGGACCCGGCCGCUGGAGUCCCUUCUGCUUCUGGAGACGCUGCGCGGCCGCGACCGUACUUCGUACCGCUCCUUCAGCAGGUUCUUGGGCAGGCUCCUCCUCCUUGUCCUCCUCCCUCCGUAGAGUGUCCUCCGCCUGUCCAGCCGCAGUCACAGUUACCACCUGCCUCGCCUCUCCCUGCUCCCUCUCCUUAUACUGGUCCCACAGGAGGUCUUACAGAGCGUCGUGAGCCUGAGUCUCGUCCUGCGUCGCCUGUUCGUCCUGCUCGCACUGGUAGUCGUGUCCGUCGUGAGCGUCCUCCUCCUGUCCCAGGCACUCACUACAUGACUCUGCGUCCCUCUACUGCUCCUCGGCGUGUCCCUCUACCGUCUCCUCCUGCGUCCUCUUUGCCUGCCGUUCCGGACCCUGAGUCUGACCGGUAUCGCGCUGAGCACCCUACAGUCACGCGUCUCCUUGCUACUGUUGUCACUGACCCCACCUUUGAGUCCUCGGCUGCGUCUGCUCUGGUCGCUGAGUUGGUUGACUUUGCUGCUGCCUGUCGUCUAGACUACGCUGCUAGCCUUGUCGCUGAGUCAGAGUCUGCGUCUGUCUGUCCUCCGUCCGUCGGGGGUGAGUGUGCUCUUGGCACGGACGUCCUUGAGGACAGGCAGGAGGACUUUGACUCUCUUGCGGCUGCUGUACCUCAUCUCGUGGCCUGGUUGCUUGCCCCUGAGGGAGACCCGGAUGCACUAGACAUCCCCACUCCGCGCACUUACGCAGAGGCGAUCUCGGGUCCCUACUCCUCUCAGUGGCAGACAGCCAUGGACGCAGAGAUGGCAUCCUGGAAGUCCACAGGCACCUACGUCGACGAGGUUCCCCCUCCUGGGGCGAACAUCGUCGAUGGCAUGUGGAUUUUCAGGGUGAAGCGGCCGCCGGGUUCUCCGCCUGUCUUCAAGGCGCGUUACGUGGCUCGAGGCUUCAGUCAGCGUCAGGGGGUCGACUUCUUCCAGACCUUCUCCCCCACCCCGAAGAUGACCACUCUUCGGGUUUUGCUGCACGUUGCUGCUCAGCGUGACUACGAGCUUCACUCUCUUGACUUCAGCACAGCGUUCCUGCAGGGCAGCCUGCACGAGGAGAUCUGGCUGCGCCGCCCACCUGGCUUUACUGGGUCGUUUCCCCCUGGUACCCAGUGGAGUCUCCGCCGGCCAGUCUACGGUCUCCGCCAGGCGCCACGUGAGUGGCACGACACACUGAGGACUACUCUUGCGGCUCUUGGGUUCGCGCCGUCUACUGCUGACCCGUCGCUGUUUCUGCGCACUGACACGUCGCUGCCGCCGUUCUACAUCCUCGUGUACGUUGACGACUUGGUCUUUGCUACUGCUGACACUGAGGCACUCGCUCGUGUGAAGUCGGAGCUGCAGAAGAGACACACCUGCACUGACCUGGGUGAACUGCGUAGCUACCUUGGCUUGCAGAUCACCCGGGACAGAGCCCGUCGCACCAUCACCCUGACUCAGUCACACAUGGUGCAGCAGGUCCUUCAGCGCUUCGGCUUCCAGUUCUCCUCACCACAGGCCACACCUCUGGCUACCAGCCACUCACUCUCAGCUCCACCUUCGGACGAGUCCGUAGAGCCGAGUGGCCCGUACCCAGAGCUUGUAGGCUGCCUCAUGUACCUGAUGACGUGCACGCGACCUGACCUUGCGUACCCUCUUAGCAUCCUUGCUCGUUACGUUGCGCCUGGGAGACACAGGCGAGAGCACUGGGAGGCUGCUAAGAGGGUGCUGCGUUACUUGUGCAGUACAUCAGGCAUGGGGCUGGUGCUUGGAGGACGCGACAGAGUUGUCCUCACUGGUCACUCGGACGCCUCUUGGGUGGACGACCUGGCUACGCAGCGGUCGUCACAGGGUUACACCUUCAGCCUUGGCUCUGGUUCUGUCUCGUGGCGGUCCACCCGCUCUUCCUCUGUUCUCGGCUCUAGUUGUGAGGCUGAGAUCUACGCCACAGCCAUGGCUGCACAGGAGUUACGCUGGCUCACCUACCUGCUGACUGACUUGGGAGAGCGGCCUAGUUCUCCGCCAGUUCUGUACGGUGACAACAAGGCGGCCCUUGCCUUGUGUCAGGAGCACAGACUGGAGCACAGGACGAAGCACAUUGCUCUUCGCUACUUUCUUGCUCGAGAGCUUCAGCAGCGCGGUCAGCUUCGGCUUGUGUACGUGGACUCGAAGGCCAACACUGCUGAUAUCUUCACCAAGGCGCUUCCGCCUAGUGAUCAUCAGCGGCACUGUACUUCUUUAGGCCUUGUGUCCACGUUUCCUCACUUGCUCACUGCUUGA